AUGGAGCAACCUCAGCUUCUAUCUAAGAUAGCCACAGGGAAUGGACAUGGUGAAAAUUCAGCAUACUUUGAAGGAUGGAAAGCUUACGAAAAUGAUCCUUUUCAUCCCACAAAUAAUCCUAAUGGAGUUAUUCAAAUGGGCCUUGCAGAAAAUCAGCUUGCUUCUGACUUGGUUGAAAAUUGGAUAACAAGUAAUCCAGAGGCUUCAAUUUGCAGUCUUGAAGGAGUAAAUCAAUUCAAAGCCAUGGCUAAUUUUCAGGAUUAUCAUGGUUUGCCACAAUUUAGACAAGCUGUAGCUAAAUUCAUGGAAAGAACAAGAGGGAAUCGAGUUUCUUUCGAUCCGGACCGCAUCGUUAUGAGCGGCGGAGCAACCGGAGCACAUGAGGUUAUAGCCUUUUGUUUGGCAGAUCCCGGUGAUGCAUUUUUAGUGCCAACCCCUUAUUAUGCAGGUUUUGAUAGGGAUUUGAAGUGGAGAACAGGAGUUCAACUUGUUCCGGUCAUUUGUAAAAGCUCUAAUAAUUUCAAGCUAACAAAAAAAGCCUUAGAAUCUGCGUUUGAUAAAGCCAAAGAAGACAACAUCAAAAUAAAAGGGUUACUUAUUACAAAUCCAUCAAACCCUUUAGGAACAAUCAUGGAUAAAGAAACCCUAAAAGUAUUGGUGAGUUUCAUCAACGAAAAACAAAUCCACUUAAUAAGCGAUGAAAUAUAUGCUGCAACCGUUUUUUGCCACCCAAGUUUCACAAGCAUAGCUGAGAUAAUAGAACAUGACACAAAUCUAGAAUAUAACCGUAACCUCAUUCACAUUGUUUAUAGUCUUUCAAAGGAUCUAGGGUUUCCUGGUUUUCGAGUUGGCAUAAUAUAUUCAUACAAUGAUGAAGUUGUUAACUGUGCUAGAAAAAUGUCAAGUUUUGGAUUAGUUUCUUCUCAGACACAAUAUCUUAUUGCAUCAAUGUUAUCUGAUGAAGAGUUUGUGGAAAAGUUUGUAGUAGAAAGUGCAAAGAGACUUGCUAAAAGGUAUGGAAUAUUCUGUAGAGGUUUAUCACAAGUUGGUAUAAAGUGUUUGCAAAGUAAUGCUGGUCUUUUUUUAUGGAUGGACUUGAGGUGUCUUCUUAAGAAACAAACAUUUGAAGAAGAGAUGAAGCUAUGGAAAGUGAUUAUUCAUCAAGUUAAGAUUAACAUAUCUCCUGGUUGUUCUUUUCAUUGUUGUGAACCGGGGUGGUUUAGGGUUUGUUAUGCGAAUAUGGAUGAUAGAGACGUCGAAGUUUCUUUGACACGAAUUCGCACAUUUGUGAGGCGAAACAAGGCUGAAAUACUCGCGGAGAAGAAUCCUUGUAGUCGGAGAAACUUGAGAUUAAACUUCUCAUUAAGAAGUUUGGAUGAUUUUUUGGUGUCACCUCAUUCUUCUAUUACUCAUUCACCUAUUGUGAAAGCUACUACUUGCUAA